AUGAUUCUAUUCUUUUACUCGGGAGUUGAAGGGAGGGUGCAGAUCACUAAUAACGAGCCCAUGGAAGACGAAAAUGAGGUUGGACUCCCUGCAAAAGGGAUCAGCAUGAUAAUCAAAGAAGUUCUGCCGGAUAUGCGAAUUGCUAACGAAUCCCGAGAACUUUUCGCUGCUUGUUGUGUAGAGUUUGUGAAGUAUGUAGCAAGAGGAGCACAACACGUGAGCGGUCACGAUCAACGGAAAACCAUCUAUCACGAGCACGUGCUGAAAGCGUUGCAAUUGUUGCAGUUUCCACCAGAUUACUGCGAGGCAGCCGAUAGUGUACUUGGCGAGUGCAAGGUGGCUGCUGAAAAACGUUUGAAACGGAAGAACUCCCGACUGGACAAAUGUGGAAUUCCUGAAGAGGAGUUGUAUCUUAUGCAACAACAACUUAUCCAACAAGCUCGCGAACAGGAUCCGGAUCAACUACGCGCCCAAGUUGCAGCCGUACAACCGCUUGUUCAAGAACAACAUGUGUUUGCUUCACAGCCAGUUCAGGAUGACGAUGAAUACGACACAUAA